CGCGGCUGCAAACCCACCGCUGAGGAAGUUGGUUGAAAUUGCUUUCCGCUGCUGGUACGAUAUUGUCACAGGGGCAGCAACAUGUCGACUGGGGACAGUUUUGAGACUCGGUUUGAAAAAAUCGACAACCUGCUGCGGGAUCCCAAAUCGGAAGUGAAUUCAGAUUGUUUGCUGGAUGGAUUGGAUGCUUUGGUGUAUGAUUUGGAUUUUCCUGCCUUACGGAAAAACAAAAAUAUUGACAACUUUUUAAGCAGAUAUAAAGAUACAAUAAAUAAAAUCAGAGAUUUACGAAUGAAAGCUGAAGAUUAUGAAGUUGUGAAAGUGAUUGGUAGAGGUGCAUUUGGAGAAGUUCAGUUGGUAAGACAUAAAUCUACCAGGAAGGUAUAUGCAAUGAAGCUUCUCAGCAAAUUUGAAAUGAUUAAGAGAUCUGAUUCUGCUUUUUUUUGGGAAGAAAGGGACAUCAUGGCUUUUGCUAAUAGUCCUUGGGUUGUUCAGCUUUUUUAUGCAUUUCAAGAUGAUCGAUAUCUCUACAUGGUGAUGGAAUACAUGCCUGGUGGGGACCUUGUAAAUCUAAUGAGCAACUAUGAUGUGCCUGAAAAGUGGGCACGAUUCUAUACUGCAGAAGUAGUUCUUGCAUUGGAUGCAAUCCAUUCCAUGGGUUUUAUUCAUAGAGAUGUGAAGCCUGAUAACAUGCUACUGGAUAAAUCUGGACACUUGAAGUUAGCAGAUUUUGGUACUUGUAUGAAGAUGAAUAAGGAAGGUAUGGUACGAUGUGAUACAGCAGUUGGAACACCUGAUUAUAUUUCUCCUGAAGUAUUAAAAUCCCAAGGUGGUGAUGGUUAUUAUGGACGAGAAUGUGACUGGUGGUCAGUUGGAGUAUUUUUAUAUGAAAUGCUUGUAGGUGAUACACCCUUCUACGCAGAUUCUUUGGUUGGAACUUACAGUAAGAUUAUGAACCAUAAAAAUUCACUUACCUUCCCUGAUGACAAUGAUAUAUCAAAAGAAGCAAAAAAUCUUAUUUGUGCCUUCCUUACUGACAGAGAAGUGAGAUUAGGGAGAAAUGGUGUAGAAGAAAUCAAAAGGCAUCUGUUCUUCAAAAAUGAUCAAUGGGCUUGGGAAACACUCCGAGACAUGCCUCAAGAAAUCUGGAAGAUAUCCAAAGAGGGUGAGGACACCAUCCCCCGCCUAUGUGAGCACACCUUUCGCCCGCGCCAGCAGCCUGCGGGCCCGGGCCGCAAUGUCCAGCAGCACCAGGCACAAGGCAGCGUCUGGCGCAAGGCAGCGUCUGUGUUCAGUUCUGAGCAAGAAAUAAUAAACAUUUCUAAUCUGUAUUCUUUUUGUUUUUACAGAACUUCAAACAUAAAACUAGACAAGAUAAUGAAAGAAUUAGAUGAAGAGGGAAAUCAAAGAAGAAAUCUAGAAUCUACAGUGUCUCAAAUUGAGAAGGAUAAAAUGUUAUUACAACAUAGAAUUAGUGAGUACCAAAGAAAAGCUGAACAGGAAAAUGAGAAGAGGAGAAAUGUAGAAAAUGAAGUCUCUACAUUAAAGGAUCAAUUGGAAGACUUAAAGAAAGUAAGUCAGAAUUCACAGCUUGCUAAUGAGAAGCUGGCACAAUUACAGAAGCAGCUGGAAGAAGCCAAUGACUUACUUAGGACAGAAUCGGAUACGGCUGUAAGAUUAAGGAAGAGUCAUACAGAAAUGAGCAAAUCAAUUAGUCAGCUAGAGUCCUUGAACAGAGAAUUGCAAGAGAGAAACAGAAUUUUAGAGAAUUCCAAGUCACAAACAGACAAGGAUUACUAUCAGCUUCAAGCUGUGUUGGAAGCUGAACGGAGAGACAGAGGUCAUGAUUCUGAGAUGAUUGGAGAACUUCAAGCUCGAAUCACAUCUUUACAAGAGGAAGUGAAGCAUCUCAAACAUAAUCUUGAAAGAGUAGAAGAAGAAAGAAAAGAGGCUCAAGACAUGCUUAAUCAUUCAGAAAAGGAAAAGAACAAUUUAGAGAUAGAUUUAAACUAUAAGCUUAAAUCAUUACAACAAAGGUUAGAACAAGAGGUGAAUGAACACAAAGUUACCAAAGCUCGUUUAACUGACAAACAUCAGUCUAUUGAAGAGGCAAAGUCUGUUGCAAUGUGUGAGAUGGAAAAAAAACUAAAGGAAGAGAGAAAGGCUCGAGAGAAGGCUGAAAAUCGAGUCGUUCAGAUUGAGAAGCAGUGCUCCAUGGUCGAUGUUGAUCUGAAACAGGCUCAGCAGAAGCUGGAGCAUUUGACUGAAAAUAAGGAACGGAUGGAGGAUGAGGUUAAGAAUCUAACCUUGCAGUUGGAGCAGGAAUCCAAUAAGCGACUGCUGUUACAGAAUGAAUUGAAGACUCAAGCUUUUGAGGCAGACAAUUUAAAAGGCUUAGAAAAGCAGAUGAAACAGGAAAUAAAUACUGUUUUGGAAGCCAAGAGAUUAUUAGAAUUUGAGUUAGCUCAGCUUACAAAACAAUAUAGAGGAAAUGAAGGACAGAUGCGGGAGCUACAAGAUCAGCUCGAAGCUGAACAGUAUUUCUCGACACUUUAUAAAACCCAGGUAAAGGAACUUAAAGAAGAACUUGAAGAAAAAAACAGAGAAUAUUUAAAGAAAAUACAGGAACUGCAAAAUGAAAGGGAAGCUCUUUCUACUCAAUUGGAUCUAGCAGAAACAAAAGCUGAGUCCGAGCAGCUGGCUCGAGGACUUCUGGAAGAACAGUAUUUUGAAUUGACCCAAGAAAGCAAGAAAGCUGCUUCAAGAAACAGACAAGAGAUUACAGAUAAAGAUCACACUGUUAGUCGGCUUGAAGAAACAAACAACAUGCUAACCAAAGAUAUUGAAUUAUUAAGAAAAGAAAAUGAAGAGCUGACCGAUAAAAUGAAGAAGGCAGAAGAAGAAUAUAAAUUGAAGAAGGAGGAGGAGAUCAGUAAUCUUAAGGCUGCCUUUGAAAAGAAUAUCAAUACAGAACGAACUCUUAAAACGCAGGCUGUUAACAAGUUGGCAGAAAUCAUGAAUCGCAAAGAUUUUAAAAUUGAUAGAAAGAAAGCUAAUACACAAGAUUUGAGAAAGAAGGAAAAGGAAAAUCGAAAGCUACAAUUGGAACUGAACCAAGAAAGAGAGAAAUUCAACCAGAUGGUAGUGAAACAUCAAAAGGAACUGAAUGAAAUGCAAGCGCAAUUGGUGGAAGAAUGUACACAUAGGAAUGAGCUUCAGAUGCAGUUGGCUAGCAAAGAAAGUGAUAUUGAACAGUUACGUGCAAAACUUUUGGACCUUUCGGAUUCUACUAGUGUUGCUAGUUUUCCUAGUGCUGAUGAAACGGAUGGAAACCUCCCAGAGUCAAGAAUUGAAGGUUGGCUUUCAGUACCAAAUAGGGGAAAUAUCAAAAGAUACGGCUGGAAGAAACAGUAUGUGGUAGUAAGCAGCAAAAAAAUUUUGUUCUAUAAUGAUGAACAAGAUAAGGAACAAUCCAAUCCAUCUAUGGUACUGGACAUAGAUAAACUGUUUCACGUUCGACCUGUAACCCAAGGAGAUGUAUACAGAGCUGAAACUGAAGAAAUUCCUAAAAUAUUCCAGAUACUAUAUGCAAAUGAAGGUGAAUGUAGAAAAGACGUAGAGAUGGAACCAGUACAACAAGCUGAGAAAACUAAUUUCCAAAAUCACAAAGGCCACGAGUUCAUCCCUACACUCUACCACUUUCCUGCCAACUGUGAGGCCUGUGCCAAACCUCUGUGGCAUGUUUUUAAGCCACCCCCUGCCUUAGAGUGUCGAAGAUGCCAUGUUAAGUGCCACAGAGAUCACUUAGACAAGAAAGAGGACUUAAUUUCUCCAUGUAAAGUAAGUUAUGAUGUAACAUCAGCAAGGGAUAUGCUGCUGUUGGCAUGUUCUCAGGAUGAGCAAAAAAAAUGGGUAACUCAUUUGGUAAAGAAGAUCCCUAAGAAUCCACCAUCUAGUUUUGUUCGUGCUUCACCUCGAACUCUUUCUACAAGAUCUACUGCAAAUCAGUCUUUCCGGAAAGUGGUUAAAAAUACAUCUGGAAAAACUAGUUAACCAGGUGACCUACUGCCUUGUGGAAUCAUGUGGGAUGCUACCUGAGAAACCAGGCUUCUCUUACCAUGCAGAGCAGACAGGCUGUUUGUUCAACACGAAUAUCACAGGCUUCAGGGUUAAGAUCGCUGUUAUUCUGUCCUUGCUUUGGCACAAAAGCACACUGAGGGUUUUUGUUUUUUUUUAAUUGCGGGUUUGCCUACAGGUAGAUUAGAUUAAUUAUUACUGUGUAAUGCAAGUAUAAUUGGGGGAAAGCUUAGCUAGAUAUAUUUUUCUAAAAAGGUGCUGCCUUUUUGAAUUUCUGAGAAAAUGCCUGUCAGUCAUGAUAGAAUGCAGUUUUCCUCGAAUGAGUGAGAGGAAGGAACUUUCACAUUCAAGUGGAAUGGCCAUCACUGUCAAGAUCAGCUCAUGGAAGGAGUAAAGAAAAUAUCUCAAAAUGAGACAGACUGAAUUUUUUUAAGUGACUUUUUUGUGCUCUUGCAAGAUUAUACAAAACUAUUUUAAGAAAACAGUGAAAUCACUUGAACUUCAGUGCUCUCACUGUAGAAUUUAAAAAGCCUUACUAUUGAUUGCCCAUGGUGGACUUGAUGGAGAAAUUAAAUAUAUUAUGCUUUACAAAAUACUGUAUAUGUCUCAGCAGAUUUGCAGAUUGGGAAAUGGGAGAGGACAAGAAAAAUUACAUUUAAUCUAUGCAUUUUUGCCAAGCCAUAUUGAGUUAUUUUACUACUAGAGAUGUUAGGAACUAACUGUACAAAAGAACCAAGUUUAAAAGCAUUUUGUGGGGUACAUCAUUUCUGUAAUUGUAUAAUGUAUUUCUUUGUGGUUUUAAGUGAUAAAGACAUUAAGUUAACAAACAUAUAAGAAAUGUAUGCACUGUUUGAAAUGUAAAUUAUUCUUAGAACACUUUCAGUGGGAGUUGCAUUGCCCUUUUAGUGCCUUAAUUUGAGAGAAUUAUUUUACUGCCACGAGUAAGUAUAGAAAUUGAAAAAAAAAAGUGGUUGGGGGGGGUUUCAAAAAAUUACGUGUGUCAGUGGGUGUUUUCAUUGAUAAUUGGUUUAAUUUAAAAUAUUUAGAGGUUUGUUGGACUUUCAUAAAUUGAGUACCAUCUUUUCAUCAAACUACCUGUUACAAUAAAGAAUGACUUUAUAAAACUAUCUGCAAAAAUUAUACAAGGUUGCACCAAUAUAAAAAGAAAAGUAUGUCAAUACAUCCAUUAUGUUUUCCAGUUAACAUAGGAAUUACCAGAUAAAUACUGUUAAACUUUUGUUCAGUAACAGGAGUUUAUUUAUAUGGGCAGUAUGAUUUAUUGUUUAUUUUUUUAACCAAAUACCUCCUCAGUAAUUUAUAAUGGCUUUGCAGUAAUGUGUAUCAAAUAAGCACUGGAAAACUGAUUGUCUCUAGGAUGAUAUGCAUGUUUCAAGUGGUAUUGAAAGCCGCACUGAUGGAUAUGUAAUAAUAAACAUAUCUGUUAUUAAUAUG